CGGGGGCGGGCGCGGGCGCGGGCCCGGCCCUCUCCUCUUCCUUCUCCUCCUCCUGGAGGGUAAAGGGCGGGUUGUUCGGGUCUGGACAGUGACGCUGGCGGACUCCAACCAACAAUGGCCGGAGCUGAGUGGGAGUCGCUGGAGCAGUGUUUGGAGAAGCACCUGCAGCCCUCAGACUUGCGGGAGGUGAAACGCAUUCUCUAUGGCAAGGAGACCAGGAAGCUCGACCUGCCCAGCAGGGCUUUUGAAUCCGCCUCCGAAGGGGACUUUGAGCUGCAGGGAUAUGCCUUCGAGGCCGCAGAGGAGCAGCUGAGGCGCCCUCGGACUGUGCGUGUUGGGCUUGUUCAGAACAGAACCCCCCUUCCUGUGGAUGCCCCUGUGGCGAAACAGGUCUCUGCCCUUCACAGACGCAUAGAGGCCAUCGCAGAGGUGGCGGCAAUGUGUGGAGUCAACGUCAUCUGUUUCCAGGAAGCGUGGACUAUGCCCUUUGCUUUCUGUACAAGAGAGAAGCUUCCAUGGACGGAAUUUGCCGAGUCAGCAGAAGACGGUCCUACCACCAGAUUCUGUCAGAAGCUGGCGAAGAAGCAUGACAUGGUGGUGGUAUCCCCGAUCCUGGAACGAGACGGAGAGCACGGGGACAUUUUGUGGAACACAGCUGUGGUGAUUUCCAAUUCCGGAGCAGUCCUGGGCAAGACCAGGAAAAAUCACAUCCCCAGAGUGGGCGAUUUCAACGAGUCCACGUACUACAUGGAGGGAAACCUGGGCCAUCCCGUGUUCCAGACGCAGUUUGGGAGGAUCGCAGUGAACAUUUGCUACGGGCGGCACCACCCCCUCAACUGGCUCAUGUACAGCAUCAACGGGGCCGAGAUCAUCUUCAACCCCUCGGCCACCAUCGGAGCGCUCAGUGAGUCCCUGUGGCCAAUCGAGGCCAGGAAUGCAGCCAUUGCCAAUCACUGCUUCACCUGUGCCAUCAAUCGUGUGGGUGAGGAAUACUUUCCGAAUGAGUUUACCUCUGGAGAUGGGAAGAAAGCUCACCAGAACUUUGGCUACUUUUAUGGCUCGAGCUACGUGGCAGCCCCUGACAGUAGCCGCACGCCUGGGCUCUCCCGAAACCGGGACGGGCUGCUGGUUGCGGAGCUCAACCUCAACCUCUGCCGGCAGAUGAAUGACAUCUGGAACUUCAAGAUGACAGGCAGAUAUGAGAUGUAUGCACGGGAGCUUGCCGAAGCUGUCAAGCACAACUACCGCCCCAAUAUUGUGAAAGAGUAGCUGGCCUUCAGCUCCUGCCCACCACGGAAGGCACCUCUGCCCCCAGCAGACCAGCAGGUGUGACAGGCUUUACACGUCCAAGUUCUCCUUGAUGAUUCCCUGAUAACAUUGCUGCCCAGAUUGCUUUUCAAAUGUCAAGACGGUGAGAGUAGAAUGAGGAGUGACUGCAUAAUAGGUACGAGGUUUCCUUCUGGGGAGAUGAAAAUGUUUUGGGACUAGAUAGAGGUGAUGGUUACACACGUGGUGAAUGUAUUAAAUGCCACUGAACUGUAUACUUUAAAAUGGUUCAUUUUAGGUUAUGUGAAUUUUACCUCCAUUUUUAAGAAUCCCAGUCAUUGAUUCUGCAGGUUAAAGUUAAACUGUCAGCAGCUUGAGGGUAAGCGUGGAAGUGUGUGCACUAGUGGGAAAGGGUAACUGGAUGGCUGUGGGCGGGGUGGGGGGACAGUCAUCAGAUGUGUCAGCUGAGCUAGGCUGCAGUCUCCAGUUCUUCCGUCAGACACUCAUCUGGGUGUUGCCGUGAAGGUAUUUUGUAGAUGUGAUUAAAGUCCGGAGCCAGUUAACUAAGCAAGUGAGAUUAUCCUAGAUAAACCCCUCCCUCCCUCCCCCUCUCCCCCCUGUCCCCAUAGGCCUGAUUCAAUGAGCCAAAGGACCCUGUGAGCAGAGCUGAGUCUUCAGCAACAAAGAGGAAAUUCUGCUUGUGCACAGCAGCCUGGGUCUGUGCUGACAGUUCCAGUUUGCCUUUCUGGCAGCCUGCCCUACAGAGUUCAGAUUUAUCUCUCUAGCCCCCAUAAUCAUAAAUCAAUUCCUUGCAAUAAAUCUCGUAACAUAUAUCCUACUUUCUGCUUCUCUGAUUAGACCCUGAAUGAUACAGAUUCUGCUAGCAGAAGUGGUUCUGGAGGAACAGAAUCUUGAGGAUGAGCUUUCUGCAUUGGUUUUAGGUUUUCUGGAAUUUUUCUCUAAUUUGAUUGGAUUUAAAGGCACUCAUGACUAUUUCCAGUAGGAAAGAGGGCAGCAGUCAUCCAUGGUGUGAUGCAUUAGAGAUGUACAUAUAGGAUAGGCCAUCAGCCUGUACCCGAGAGUCCCAGCCUGGCCUUCCUUCCUGGUGGCCUACCCCAUCUGUGGAUUUGGGGCUUUAUCCCCUACUGAUUCUGCUUCUCUGGUUGAGCCCUGGCUGCCUGACUGACAUAGCAGGUGACUCACCUCUCUGCACCUUGGUUUUCACAUCUGUAAAGUGGGACCGUAUCCCCUUUCCUGCUUUAUGUCUCAGGAGAGUAGUGAGACAGACUAGAUGGGCCGGGGAAUCCCUUGGCAGUUGUCAGUGAGGCGCCCGUGUGGGCUCUGUCCCCUGCACCACACAGCAGAAAUCCAGUCUGUGAAGGCUCAAAGCUCUGCAGCUGAGCCCAGCCGAGUGUUCUCUCGGAGGUCGUGGGGCGGGGUGGGGAGGGGGAGAGGCGGGGUCCUCGGUUCCAUUUCACUGUUCCUAGUCAGAGAAGGCAGUGUCAUGUGUCAUGUCUUCCCUGCCCUAGCCCCUGGAUUGCAUGAACAACCCCAUGUCAGGGCUGGGUGCUCCUAGACCGCCACCUGGGGUCAGAAAGCCCGAUGGAGCUGCCUGGCCAUAGCUCUGCGUUACCUCCCUUAACCUCUCUGAGCUUCAGGUUUUCACCUCAUCUAACGGCCCUCUUUGCACCGUCUUUGUCUCAGAUUCCAGCCCUGCAGACAGCGUGAGCUUUUCUGCGUGGCCUUCAGUCUCUAAAACCUUUGUGCCUGUGGUUUCUAAGAUGAGCAUGUAGUCAGCCUAAAAUAGAGGCCAGCUUAGGAGACAAGUUGGUGCAUUUAUGAAAUAGGAACUAAUGCACCAGAAACUAUUUGAUUAUCCACACCUCUCACUGCCUGGAAACAAAACGGUCAGGCCCAUCUUAGAGUAGAUAGGCCCUGCAGAGAUGGAGUCAUUUGAAGGUUUAACUCUUGCCUGGACUUUAUAGAUGCUCAGUAAACAUUUAUGGAAUGAACCUGGGGAGGAAGUUUUUGUUUCUGUGUGAUCAUUGCUGAUGCCACAGGAGGGAAGUGAUGGUUCAUUGUACGGGGCUGUGGCCCAUGGCCCCGGUGCUCUCGGGUGAAGCCUCUGGCCCCUCUGAACCUCAGGUUUCUCACAUCUACGAUGAGAGGUGGCUGGGUUUGUAGCUCUCCAGGGGUUCGUUCUCUAGUUCUGCAGCAUUCCUGCCAGCCCAUGGCUUAUUGCUAAAAUCUGGGGUCAGGGAGGAAUGUGGCCAAACUACAAUGUGCCCAACAGGAAAAAAGGGCAAAGGCGUUCUCCAGGAUACACCAUAAGAGUAUGUUAGGCCACAAAACAAGUCUUAAUAAAUUUGAAAAGAUUGAAAUCA